AUUGAUUGUGUGGAUAUCAUUGGGGGUCACGAUGUUAAGAGUAACUCAAGACUUUACAUGGCAUCUAUUCAGAUUAACAAAACACAUGAAUGUGGGGGAGCACUGAUUAAACCUCAGUGGGUACUGACCACAGCACACUGCAGAAUUCUCAAGACCACAAUGAAACUCUGGAUGUCAGACCUGGCUCAGUGGUGGCACUUAGCAGAAACGGAAGUGAUUGUUGGAUCACAUUCACUUUCCAAGCAAGAAAACAAACAGACAAUUAAGCUGAAGAAGACCUUUCCACAUCCAAGCUUCACCUGGGAUUCUUUUGGAUAUGACAUUAUGCUGCUUCCGUUGAAGAAUAAAGCCAAUCUGAACAAGUUUGUCUCAACUCUAAAGCUGCCCAAAUCAACUAAAAGUAUCAAACCAGGAACCAAAUGCAGUGUUGCAGGUUGGGGAGAAGAUGGAACUAAAUCGUACCCUGAUACUUUAAAGGAAGCUAACGUAACUGUCCUGAAAAUGGAAAUUUGCAAGAAAAUAUAUUCACUUAAUCUAACAAAUGACAUGAUAUGUGCGCUUGGUCAAGAUUCCAAACAGGAUGUACGUAAGGGUGAUUCCGGUGGUCCAUUAAUAUGUAAGAAGAAGUGGCUUCGUCAAAAUGUGUACAGUGGCAUUGUUUCAUUUGGAAGCCGCAGCGGGGAUAACAUCACACCUAGUGUUUACACACAAUUAUCAAACAAUUAUCUCUCAUGGAUCAACAAAGUAAUUCACACUGAACAUUAUUGA